UUUGUUUAUUACGUACUUCAAAAUAAUGUUCUUAAGAGUUGUAACAAGGAAAGUUUUUUUUUCUUGGAGAUUUUUUUUGUGGAUUUUAUGCGAAUGAUUGUAAUCGAAAUCAUAUUUGAUUUAAUGUUUGUGUUCGUAAUUUUUAAACAUGCAGAUAAGUUUGAACAGCAUUGGAUCGUUACUGACAGGUUUUGUUUUCAUAACUAGUAUCUCAUCACUUACUCUGAAGACUAAGAACGUAAUUUUUGAGGAUGGCGAUAGCAUUAUUCUUAACUGUACCUAUUUUAAAAUAAACACUGAAUACAUCGCUUACAGAACCAUCAAAUGGCAGAAACUGAUAGGCGAUGUAUUUAGAAAUAUAGCGCUGUUUUCGCCUCCUGGUGGCUAUCGGCCUUACAUUCCCUAUGAAAUGCAGCCUUUUUACAACAACAGGACAGAGCUUAUUGCACCAAACAUCUCGCGUUCUGCUGUAAUGAUUAUAAAGGACCCUAUCUGUAGUGACCAAGGAGUUUACCGAUGCUGGAUAGAAUACUACUCCGAGAAUUCAGUAAAAGAACAAACCAGUGGCUCUGUUGUAAAAUUAAAAUCCAAUCCAAAAGAACCUGAGAAGUUUCAGUUGUUUCCAAACGAACUAGAUGAGAAACAGUCUAUUAGUAUAUUAUGUAGUGCUAAUGUCGGAAGUCCGUUGGGAAAUAUUAAGAUCUGGAAAAUAUCUCAAUACAAUGAUACACCUGUAUUGUUACACGAAUCCGAAGCUACAACAAAUGAAACAGGAAAAUGUACAGAAUUUAUAGAUGUCCACAUUACUUACACUGUAACGAGAGUCGACAAUGGAGCUCUAUUUCGAUGUUCAUCGCAAAACAACAUGACCCAAGGCCCUGGACCAUACAAGGAUUCCUUAAAGAUCUCUGUGCUUUAUGUGCCUGAUAAGCCUGUAAUAACUUUGACUCCUCUCAAGUCUCUCUAUUUUGUUGGAGAUUACCUCACAAUCCAGUGUAUUACUGAUAGUAACCCGCCACCCGUUUUCACCUGGAAAUUUCAGCCUCAAAACAAAUCCUUAGAAACCGUGAUAAAAAAGUCUCCUGAUAUUUCAAAGCUAGUGUUCGAUACACUUAAAACUACCGAUUCUGGGACUUACAGUUGCAUGGCAACCAAUGCAGCUAGACUAAAUUCUGCGAACGUGACCUCCUCUGUUUCUAUAUAUGUAAGUCAUUCUGAGAUUAGCAACCAGGGAUGCAAUCAGUGCGGAUAUAUCACGGUAUGUCAGCAAUAUGAUGGAAAGACUGAGUGUGUCACCAACAAAUGGGUUCCUAUUGCAAUUGUGUUUAUUCUCAUUAGUGUUUCAUUUGCGGUUGCUUCGAUCGUUUUGAUCAAGAAUAAAAGUGCCUCACAAGACGACGGGGGGUACCAGGCACACGCAGAAAUUGCCAACACGCACGUAUAUUCAGCAUUACAAUCUCACCAAGCGGAAACUGGUGUAUAUACAACGUUACCAUCUCACCAACCGGAAACUGGGGUAUACACAUCGUUACAAUCUCACCACCCGGAAACUGGGGUUUAUACAUCGUUACAAUCCCACCAGCCAGAAACUGGGGCAUAUACAUCGUUACAAUCUAACCAGCCAGAAACUGCGGCAUACACAUCGUUACAAUCUCACCAACCGGAAACUGGGGUUUAUACAUCGUUACAAUUUCACAAGCCAGAAACUGGGGUAUAUACAUCGUUACAAUCUCAUCAACCGGAAACUGGGUUAUAUACAUCGUUACAAUCUCACAAACCAGAAACUGGGGUAUAUACAUCGUUACAAUCUCAGCGACCAGAAACUGAUGAAUAUACAUCGUUACAGUCUCAGCGACCAGAAACUGGGGAACACGGAUCGUUACAAUCUCACAAACCGGAAACUGGUGAAUAUACAUCAAUUGACAAUGUAUCGUGAUUUUUAACUAGGUUUGAGAGGACAGGAAGUGCGUUUUAUACAGAUGUAACUAUAUUGUAUUAUUUGGUAAUUGUUUUAUCAACGUCAUUAAAGCAUAAUGA